AGCGACUCGAGCCAGGCCGCAAACCCACUCCUCAUCGGAAUCUGUGUGAGAACUUAUCCUUCUUGACUUUUUAAGAACAAGAAUGUUCAAGUACUUGUGGAAAAGUCCCAUCAACACAGUCAUUCACCAAAAAAUAAGAGCAAGGAUGAGCUCAGGUCCGCGGGGCGGGAAGAUAUCCUUCGGGCCGUUCGAGGUGACUUCUCAGGUCUUCCUCACCACACCGCACUCCUUCGCGCUGGUCAACCUCAAGCCGCUGCUCCCAGGCCACGUCCUCGUGUGCCCGUCGCGGCCGCACCGGCGCCUGACGGACCUCUCCCUGCCCGAGGUGACGGACCUGUUCGCCACCGUGCAGAGGGUUCAGCGCAUGCUGGCCCGCCACUACUUCCCGGCACCCGACAGGCAGCAGGGGGGGCAGCAGCAGCAGCAGCAGCAGCAGGGGCCGGCUGGCUCGUUCAACAUCGCCGUCCAGGAUGGCCCGGAAGCCGGGCAGACGGUCGCCCACGUCCACGUCCACGUCAUCCCGCGCGUCCGCGGGCUGAGCUCCAAGCCCGAGGACACGGCGGGGGACGAGCUCUACGAGCAGAUGGCGCGCGAGGAGGGCAACGUCGGCGGGGCGCUGUGGGACCGCCAGCAGCAGGAGGAGCGGCAGCCCGACGGGGCCAGGCCUGUGGCAGGCGGCGCGUUCGACCGGAUUGAGGACGCACAGAGGAAGGCCAGGAGCAUGGAGGAGAUGGUGGCUGAGGCGGAGGUGUUCCGGAGGGCGCUCAGGGAGAUGGAGGAGGAGGAGGAGGAGGAGGAGGGGGGAAACGGGUCCAGAGCAGUCGAUGAUGAGAUGCCAUGACAGACCUGCAUAUAUAUAUCUCACCGGCCGGGCGCCGGGAUGAUCGUGGUGUGAAGGGUAUUACAGCGUUGGACUUCGUUGAGGUCAAAUGGGUGCAGCUAGCCGGCCGGCCGCCGGGCGUGGCGGGUUCAGAAUCACAAGAGAUGUGCAUGCAGUAAGGCUAUUGGAGUCAUGGCAGAUGAAAGCUUUUUUGCAUUUAUACAUACGUAUAUAUCCCGA